CAUUGCCAUUGGAAACACAGCCACCUUUGUCUUCUUCUUCAUAUCAACGCCUCAUCCGCCCCGUCGUGCAUCAUCGCUGCAUUUCACCUAGAUCACUCGCGACGCUGGACAUUACCCAUACCUCUAAGAAUCUUGCACAUUUGCCAAUCCCCCCAAUCGCCCGCGUCGCAUUGUUUCAGGUUUCCACUGCUCUGUUCAAGCUCAAGCUCAAUUCCCACGUCAAGGCGCCCCCCUCCUCCUCCCCGCAACAUCUAUUACCCCUCCGACGCAUUUCAUUGUUCCGCAAACACAACGGGCCACAAGAUUCGACACCAGACGAACUGCAUAAAAAGCCCUAAACCUUCUUCACCACUUCCUGAAGAUGUGUUUCGGCAGCAAGGCCGACAAGGAUGAUACUCCUGCCCCGCGUCCUGCGCAACGUCCGCCUUCGCCACAGCAGCAAGAUACCAAGAUGACUAGCAGCAAUCAGCAGCAACAGCAAUACGCGCCGCCGGCUGGUCCGCCUCCGGGACAGACUUCGGACCAGAUUUAUGCUCCUCCUCCCGGCCCGCCCCCGAGUCAGUCGUAUGCCGCUCCGAGUGGCCCGCUGCCAGGCCGCGGCGAUGACUUUGCGCCUCCCUCGGGUCCUCCUCCGUCCCAUGGAGGGUAUGCGCCGCCGUCUGGACCUCCUCCAUCACACCAGCAAAGUGAGUAUGCGCCGCCUCCGGGACCUCCACCCGCACGCAACGACUACACCGCUCCUCCCCCGGGUCCUCCGCCAUCGGACUCGAAGAAACACGACUGGGAAACGGCGGUUCCUGACACCACCCUCUUCCCACCGCCCCCGGCCUUCUUCAGCGGAUUUGAUCGCUCCCCUGCGAACAACUCUACGGAGCGGGAGGCUGAAGCAGGUGAGGCCUGGGUGGCCCAGUACCCCCUCGUCCAACCCAUCGACCUUGACUCCACGGCUUUAGAGGCUUUGCAUACGCACAGGAUAUGGCUUCUCCAGCCUCAAGGAUUCCGCGGCACCAUGACCCAGCCCGUCUCGGGCAAAUGGGAGGUCACAACGCAAAGGAACGCCCCCGACAGCACCAUCAUCGGCUAUCCGCCUCUGUACUCAGUCAAGAACAACUCGCCUCUCGCCACCGGCCAGCCUUUCAAGAUCUACUACGAAGUCAAGAUUCGCGGAUCGGCAAGUGAAGUAGACCUUGCCCUUGGCUUCACCGCGCUCCCCUAUCCCAACUUCCGUCUCCCUGGAUGGCAUCGCGGCAGUCUUGGUGUCCACGGCGAUGAUGGGCACAAAUACAUCAACGAUAGAUGGGGCGGCAAGUCCUUCACAGAACCCUUCCGGCCCGGUGAGACGCUGGGUAUCGGCAUGCAGUUCACGGCUCAGGGUGGCAGGAUGAGUGUUGACAUCUUCUUCACGCGAGACGGUAGACUGGCUGGGACCUGGAACCUACAUGAGGAGAGUGACUCUGAGCAAGAUUUGCCGGUCAACGGACUGGAGGGAUUCCAUGACCUGAGUUGUGCCAUUGGCACCUUUUCGAAGAAUGAGUACGAUAUCAUCUUUGACCCUACACUGUGGAAGUACACGCCUUGAGUGUGGGUGUGCUUGGGUUUACGGUUGGAUAGGGGCUUUAUGAGGGCGGGCUGGGUAGCGGUCACAUGCUGCAAUCAGGAAGCUCAUUCAGUACUUCUCAUGAUAUGAUGUAAAGUUUUACAAAUGUUUUAC